GCGGCGGCUGCGGCCCCGACCCCAAUCAGUCCCGUUUAGGCGGCCAUCGGCGGGGUUCGUACGUGCGCUCAGGGUUUAGGCGGGCGCCGCUGAGGAGAAGGAGGCAGCGGCAGCAGCAGGGCAGCAUGCCGGGCAGCGACACGGCGCUGGCCGUGGACAGGACAUACUCCGACCCGGAGAGGCACCGGCGCCGCAAGACGCGGGUGGAAAGACAUGACAUGAAUACCCUGAGUUUACCGCUUAACAUUCGCCGUGGAGGCUCUGACACUAACCUGAACUUUGAUGUACCAGAUGGGGUUCUGGAGUUUCACAAAGUUAAACUCAGUGCAGAUAGCUUGAAACAGAAAAUCCUCAAGGUUACAGAACAAAUCAAAGUUGAACAAACAGCUCGAGAUGGCAAUGUGGCUGAGUAUUUGAAACUGGUAAAUAGUGCCGACAAGCAACAGGCUGGGCGCAUUAAGCAAGUCUUUGAGAAAAAGAACCAGAAGUCUGCCCACUCCAUUGCCCAGCUACAGAAGAAAUUGGAACAGUAUCACAAAAAGCUCAAAGAUAUUGAACAAAAUGGAUCUUCCAAAACUACUAAGGAUACUUCCAAAGAUAACUUGAAAGAUAUUCAACAUGGCAAGUCUCGUACCUCUGGGCACGGAACAGAGAGCAGCAAGUCGGGUGUGCCAGGCGUGUCUUUGACACCACCUGUCUUUGUUUUCAGCAAGUCUAGAGAGUUUGCAAACCUGAUCCGAAACAAAUUUGGUAGUGCAGACAACAUUGCUCAUCUCAAAAACACCUUGGAUGAAUUUCGGCCAGAAACAAGUUCCAGAACAUACGGGGGCAGUGCCACUAUCGUUGCCAAACCAAAAUACGUUAGUGAUGAUGAAUGCUCAAGUGGGACCUCUGGCUCAGCAGACAGUAAUGGGAAUACUUCCUUUGGUCCUGCUGUGGCAAGUACUCUGGACAGCCAAGGAAAGCUUUCCAUGAUUUUGGAGGAAAUAAGAGAAAUCAAGGAGACACAGUCGCAAUUAGCUGAUGAUAUAGAGAAUUUAAAAACACAGUUUAAAAGAGACUAUGGCUUUAUUUCUCAGAUGUUACAAGAGGAAAGAUAUAGAUAUGAAAGAUUGGAGGACCAGUUAAAUGACCUCACUGAUCUACAUCAACAUGAGACAGCAAACUUGAAACAAGAGCUAGCCAGCAUAGAGGAGAAAGUGGCCUAUCAGGCGUAUGAGCGAUCACGGGAUGUUCAGGAAGCCUUGGAAUCAUGCCAGACCCGGGUCUCCAAACUGGAGCUCCAUCAGCAAGAACAGCAAGCACAGCAGUCUGAAACCAUUAAUGCCAAAGUGCUCCUGGGGAAAUGUAUCAACGUGAUCCUGGCCUUCAUGACUGUCAUCUUGGUGUGCGUUUCUACCAUUGCGAAGUUCAUUGCUCCGAUGAUGAAGAGCCGCUUUCAUAUCAUCUGCACUUUUUUCGCAGUGACGCUGCUGGCAAUAUUUUGUAAAAACUGGGAUCAUAUUGUGUGUGCCAUAGAAAGGAUGAUUGUACCGAGAUGAAGCCGCUGGCCUGGCUGCGUUCCUUUUUUUUUGUUACCGCUCCCCUCACUGUUUUGUAAGUGCAGUGUGUAUACAAAUUAUUUUUGUCAGUUUCAGUGUGCAGACUGGAGGGAGAAGGCUACAAAGACU